UCUGGCAAGUGGCAACCCUCCCCAGCCGCCCUAUUCCCUCUGGCGUUCAGCUCGACGCAACUUUCCCCACAGCUCGUGUGUUUAUGUGAUAUGUAUUGAGUUUAGUGUCGGUUUGGAAUGGAUAAUAUCGCUUCUUCUUUUUUUGGUUUGUGUCGCUUUUGAGCGUGUUUGUUCUUGGAGAUAUUAGUAGAAGAGGACACACACACACAGCCGGAGAAUCACAGCCUCACAGGAGAGCUAGAGCAGAGCCGCUAGUGCGCGUGCGCCUACCUUUCAACAAACGCUGCACUGAGGUGGUGUGUGUCCACAUCCAGAAUGCAGCUGUGGUGAAGGUGCUAUUUGUGCAUGAUGCUGACGAUGGCUGGGUUGCGUCCUACCUGCUCGUCGGAGAACUGCUCCGUCGACACACGGUCCAAUGACACCUCCAUGGAGCGGUGCUACGAAGCAAGAAUCCGCAGCAGUGUGCUGCAGGGGCUUCCGUUCGGAGGAGUGCCCACCGUCCUCGCCCUCGACUUCAUGUGCUUCCUGAUACUGCUUUGCGUGUUCUCUUUCCUGAGGAAAGUAGCGUGGGAUUACGGGCGCCUGGCGCUGGUCUCGGAUGCAGACAGGCAGGAUCAGCGAUACCGGCGUCUGGACGAACGAGAAUACGUGGCCUCUGCGUUACAGACACCAGUCGAUUCCCGUUACGAGCGCUUGACAUCGGUUUCCAGUUCCAUCGACUUGGACCAAAGAGACAGCGGUUUCUGUUCCUGGCUAACAGCCAUCUUCAGGAUCAAAGAGGAUGAGAUCAGGGAGAAAUGUGGUGAGGAUGCAGUGCACUACCUCUCAUUCCAGCGCCACAUCAUAGGUCUGCUGGUGGUGGUGGGCGUGCUGUCAGUGGGCAUUAUCCUGCCAGUCAACUUCUCAGGAGGCCUUCAGGAUAAUAACGCAUACAGUUUUGGGAGAACAACAAUAGCCAACUUAAACUCUGAGAAUAACCUGCUAUGGCUGCACACUAUCUUUGCAUUCUUUUACCUGUUACUGACCGUCUACAGCAUGAGGCGACACACCUCCAAGAUGCACUACAAGGAAGACGAUUUGGUGAAACGUACUUUAUUCAUUCAUGGCAUCAACAAAUUUGCCGAAGAGAGUCAGAUAAAGCUGCACUUUGAGUAUGCAUAUGAAAAUUGUGUUGUACUGGAAGCUCGUAUUUGUUAUGAUGUGGCCAGACUCAUGUCUCUGGACUCUGAAAGGAAGAAGGCUGAACGCAGCAAGAAGUUCUACACGGACUUGUUUAACAGGGAACAUGUGCACACGAUGAUCAACCCCAAACCAUGUGGCCACCUCUGCUGCUGUGCCAUAAAAUGCUGUGAGCAGAAAGAGGCAAUGAACUACUAUACUGACCUGGUGACCAAGCUGAGAGACGACUAUAAGAACGAGAAAGAGAAGGUCAGGACUAAGCCUUUGGACAUGGCCUUCGUCACCUUCCAGGAUGAAGCCAUGACUGCACUUAUUCUUAAGGACUUUAAUGCGUGUAAGUUUCAUGGCUGUCACUGUCAGCGUGAGGCCAAAUCCUCGCCCUACAGCAGCAACCUACUGACCGACAACUGGUCAGUCACCUAUGCUCCUGACCCACAGAACAUCUACUGGGAGCACUUAUCAGUAGGUGGCAUAUAUUGGUGGCUCCGCUGCUUUAUGAUCAACUGUUGCCUCUUCCUCCUGCUCUUCUUUCUCACCACUCCUGCCAUCAUCAUAUCUACCAUGGAUAAGUUUAACGUAACAAAACCUGUGGAGUACCUGAAUAAUCCCAUAGUCACCCAGUUCUUCCCCACUCUGCUCCUGUGGUGUUUCUCGGCCUUGCUGCCCACCAUCGUGUACUACUCCGCUUUCUUUGAGGCUCACUGGACACGUUCUGGGGAGAACAGGACCACUAUGCACAAGUGCUACACCUUCCUUAUCUUUAUGGUCCUGCUGCUGCCGUCUCUGGGACUCAGCAGUUUGCAUUUGUUUUUUCGCUGGCUUUUUGACAAGACGUUCCUGUCCCACGGCUCAAUGAGAUUCGACUGUGUGUUUCUUCCAGACAAUGGGGCUUUCUUUGUUAACUAUGUCAUUGCAUCAGCCUUCAUUGGUAAUGCCAUGGACCUAUUGCGCAUUCCGGGUUUACUCAUGUACAUGAUUCGGCUGUGCCUGGCUCGCUCUGCAGCCGAGAGACGCAAUGUAAAGAAGCAUCAAGCAUACGAGUUCCAGUUCGGGGCAGCGUAUGCCUGGUUGAUGAACGUCUUCACUGUAGUCAUGACCUACAGCAUCACCUGUCCAAUCAUCGUUCCUUUCGGUUUAAUGUACAUGUUAUUAAAGCACCUAGUGGACAGGUAUAAUAUGUACUACGCCUACCUGCCAUCCAAACUGGAUAAGAAGAUCCACUCCGGAGCUGUGAACCAGGUGGUGGCUGCUCCCAUCCUGUGCCUCUUCUGGUUGCUCUUCUUCUCCACUCUACGUAUAGGCUUCUCUGCUGCCACCUCAAUGUUCACGUUCGUGGUUCUGAUCAUCACCAUCAUAAUUUGCAUCUCUCAUGUUGUGUUCGGACAUUUUAAGUACCUAAGUGCACACAAUUACAAGAUUGAUUCGCAGAAAGUGGAUGGAGUAGAGAACGGACAGCUGCCUGGCACCUCCCCACCCACCGUAUCUGCGAAGUACAUCGCUCAGGUUCUGCAGGAGCAGUGCCCAGAGGAGACGGGCUCCGGGAGUGCCGAUUACGAGCUCGUCACGCCAGGCUCUGCUGUCAACGAGGGGGAUUUCCAGUCAGGGGAGGACAGUCUGAUCGAAAACGAGGUGCACCAGUGAGGCACACCACAUUUCAUUCAGUAGAGCUAAACGGACUAUUAGAUCAAAGGCAAAGACACUGGACUGAGAUCGGAUAAAGCUGUGCUCCAGGACCCUUAUGUUGUCCGGACUGAGGGUGGGGUGGGUGGGGGGGGUUGUCACACUUGGAUAAGUUCCUUCCUUUGGGCUUGGAGGGCAGCUAGCAAACACUAACAAGGCUUUACCAUUUCCUUUCUUACUUGACAUGGAUAAAGCAACUUGUGGUACUACACACUAACUCGCAUCUAAUCAGCUUCACUGAGGCACUUGCACUGCCUCAUAUCAACUUGCUGACAUCCGGUACGACUGGCUCUCAAUCACCUGCAUCACCUUUGGAUGGAGGAACCUGUAGUGGGUGCAGACCCAUUCCUUCUUUCUUGAGCAUUACUGAUGAUGUUUUUGGUUUUGCUUUUCCAUAUAUCCUUUUGAUCAUAGUAUUUAUGCAUUAUGCACCUCUUCUGUGUUACAAGUCUGACGUUUUUGAUCAGUAGGUUCAUGGGUUCAGAAAUGUAAACUGUUCUCUGAAGGUGAGUAUUCACCUGGACACACUCCAGCUUGUUCUCUUUUUGGAAAUGCAGGGUUAUCUUUUUUUUUCUCUCUCUCUCUAUUUAAAAAAAAGGUGUGUGUCAGUUUUGUAGUGAUGAGCCAAACUGAUAAUCUUAGGAAUGUUCUUUGCUGUUUUGUCUGCAAUUUAAAAAGAAAAAAAAAACAAAAUGAAGCACGCACCAAGUACAGCAGUGUUUUAAAGCUGACCUAAACACAGAGCCGUAGUGGCUCUCCUACCAUACAUAUACCAUCUCCCCGAGUUGUUUUAGCACUGCGUGGAUCCGUGCUGAAGCAGAGCCGUCUGUCCAACAAAUCACUGGAUAGACUGCGGGUUAUUAAUGAGAUGAGGGUUAGACGGCAGAGUCACUCUCAUUCAUAAUGGGGUUUACUGACUGUGGGGUUAUAACACUGAUCUAGAUGCCUUUACUACCUGACUGUAACGUGAUCUUGUGAACCCUUGAUUUUGUUAGGGGUUCUCGAAGACAGAUUUUACGUGGUCGUAACUUCCUUGCACGUUCUAGCAUGAGAGUUGUGUAUUUUACUUUCCUUUUUUUUUUUAAUGAGGGUGGGGUACUUUUUGUUUAAAAAAAAUACUGAAUGUAUAUGUAAUUAUUCUGUUGUUUAAAGUAAGGACACAACAUGAUCAGAUCCCUUAAUUAUAAUUUUUUUUUUUUUAAACAGCAAAAUCCUCUCUAUUCUUCCACAAAUUCUGAACAGUGUAGCAAUUAACAUAGCCGAUCACUGAAUGCAACUUUUUAUGUCCUGUGAGACAAAAUGCAAACUUGAAAAUGCACAAAAAGUUUGAUCCUGAGUCAUGCUGCCAUCUUUGUGGAUUUCAAUUUGUCCAAACCUUUAUAAAAGAAGCAACUGAAGUAUCAUUGUGGGACAUAAGAGCAAUAAAGAGAAAGUGAGUGUAUCACUGCAAAAUCACAUGCCAUAAUCACAGGUUAUGGCUGGUACUGAAAAAUUCCUGCUGAAUAAUUGUCUGUGUAUUUUACUUGUUUACAUGAAUUACUGUCAAAUGUUUGGCCUGCUAUAUUCUCUCAUGAAACCAUGGUGAGUAGUUUGUGAGCCUAUGACUACACAUUAGGAGAGAUGAUGCAAAUUUUUCUAUACUGACACUUGAAAAAUGAUGUAAAUCCUAUAAUCUCACUAAUUUCUGAAUGCCACUGAUGCUUGUACUCAUGUUCCAAUGGCAGUGAUGCUGCUCCUCGUGUUACUUUAAACAUGACUCAUGGUGAUGUAAAACACUCGACCGAUGCCGCAUUGGUUCCAUUAUUGGAUAUUCAAGUUUUGUCCUGGGGAUUAAGGAAAUCCCCGUGUUUGUUUAUCUGAUUAAUUUGUCGUUGUACCUCUAAGGGGAUGUUCGCCCCUGUAGAUGAUUUUAAACUCAUGAAAUAUGAACUGGAGGCUGCACUUUACGCACACAUCUCUAUCGAUGUUUGUUUCUGAGAUUAUAUUUAUUUCCCUUGCUACAGUUUCUCUUUGGAACAGGAGACCACUACUUAAUUAAAGUGGAGCUGUUGGAACUACUUUGUGUGUGUGUGUGUGUGUGUGUGUGUGUGUGUGUGUGUGUGUGUGUGUAAAUAGUCACUGCACUGCUCUCAUGAACACUAAACUGUGGCAUUACGGACAUGUGUACAGCUCCAAUGUAGUCAAUCAGGUUGGUGUGUGUUUGUCCCUAUCCCUCUCAAGAAUACUAAGCAUCCGUUUUAUUGUGACAGCUGUGGAAUGAAAACAGUGCUACUCUGGUCUCGAGGUUUGUGUGCUUGGUUUUUCUUUUUCACUGUAGCUUCCUUUGUUCCACAGAAAUCUUUUUAUAAUGUCCACUUCAGAGCCUUCCAUGUCUUUAAACAAUAAAUUCAGCUUUUACUACUAAAA